CAGCCAGACCCUUCUCAUGUUUCCGGAAGCACACACGUGGUUCGAUUGUCGCUUUAGCAAUGCAAAAUAAUUUGCGUUGUAACUAAAGAAUAACCGGUUUUGUUUUACUUUAGAACAGUUUCGGUGUUGGGGAGUUAUUUCGGCAUGGUUUGGACAAGCAGAGUUUGUUUCCGGAAGUAUGGCAACUUUGUGGAUAAUGUACGGCUGUACGUGAAGGGUGGGAGCGGGGGAAUGGGAUUGCCUCGUUUAGGGGGGCACGGGGGUAACGGAGGUGACGUGUGGGUUGUGGCCAAAAAAGGCGUUACCUUGAAGCAAAUCAAGGACAGCCACCCUAAUAAACGAUUCACUGCAUGUGUUGGUUCUAACAGCAGCAUCCAUGCUCUGAAAGGGGCUAAAGGAGAGGAUGCUCGGGUCUUUGCACCUACUGGGAUCUGUGUUACAACAGAUGAUGGGAGAUUCCUUGGAGAGUUGAACUGUGAAGAAGACAAACUUCAGGUGGCUAGAGGUGGUCAGGGUGGCACUCUUCACUCUGGGUUCUUGCCCAGUAAAGGUCAAACCAGGCAGAUUCGACUGGACCUUAAACUCAUUGCAGAUCUUGGACUUGUUGGGUUUCCUAAUGCCGGUAAAUCCUCCUUACUGACCGCCUUGUCUCAUGCUAAGCCGAGGGUUGCCAGCUACCCCUUUACAACAUUAAGACCUGAGAUUGGAAGGAUCAUGUAUGAUGAUCACAAGCAGGUUUCACUGGCCGACUUACCAGGACUGAUUGAAGGUGCUCAUGAGAACAAAGGCAUGGGACAUAAGUUUCUCAAACAUGUGGAGAGAACCAAGCAGCUCAUGUUUGUGGUCGACAUUUGUGGGUUUCAGCUAGCUAGUAACGCACCAUUUAGGUCUGCUUUUGAAACUGUGCUGCUUUUAACCAAGGAGCUGGAGUUAUAUAAGGAGGAACUGUUAGCCAAGCCCGCCAUCCUGGUCAUAAAUAAGAUGGACCUCCCUGAGGCUCAAGGCAAGCUCAGAGAGUUGCAUAAUCAGCUGGAGAAUCAAGAAGAUUCAAGCCGCUGCCUUCCUGAGGACAUGACUCCAAGAGGCCUUAUGCAUUUCACAAACAUCAUCCCAGUCUCUGCCACAACUGGCCUUGGACUGCCCGUGCUCAAAACCCUUAUUCGCCAAUCACUUGAGGAGCAGGAUACCAUAGAAACUGAAAGCCAGCGCAGCGAGAGGCUCCUUAAGUUGAGAAGGGAGAUUCCCACUCCAGUGAUGCCUAGCUGGGGGCAUCCAGUAUGAGAUCCAUAGAGGUUCUUCUGUAUGGAAACCUAUACAUAUUCAUCAAAAACACUACUGAACAUUUGCAGACAUGUUAAAUAUGCAAUGUGUGGGCAUGAAUCCCACAGCUACUAAAAAUGGCAUCAGCUCAACAAAGAAAAGGAGAGUCUAUAUCCAGUUUUUACUUAACAAAUCAGUCCAUAUUGUUUAUACUAGCAUUUGUUGGACUUUGGUACCAAAUUUGGGAUCCACAAUAUUUUGUGCCUCCAAAUAAAGACCUCAUCAGCACCCUAGUGCUUUUCAAAAGUAAGAACAUAGUGUUGAGGCUCCAAAGGAAGUGUUUUUCCUUUUUUUUUUUUUGUAGUGUUAUUGUUCUGAGCUUUCAUUUUAAUAUUCGAAAUGUACAGUGACUAAAACAUUUUCAUUUUUUAGAGUCUUUUAAUGCUUUAGUAGCAAACUAAAUUAUUUCAAUAUUGUUUUAUGAGUUCUUAUCUGACCGCCUGGUAUAAUGAUAGGUUAUAGCUUUUUAGUUUUUAUACAUUACAGUAUGUUAUUUAAGCAAUAUUGCACAAGAGAGCUGAAUGUACUGUAUGUUAGAACUGCUGUGAUUCAGCCAUAGGCAUGAUAAAAGGCACAACAGCACAGUUGCGAGCAUGAUACAACUGUUCAGCAAACAAGUAAAUAAGAAAAAAAAAAAAAAUCAAGAUUUCCCAAAAACGCUCCUGUGUGUCAAACUAAUGUCACGGAUUCAAGUUAUACCAAGCAUCCAGAAUUAACUUGAAUUAACUCUGUUUAAACAAUAUGGCUUUCACAGGACAUAUGGGAUGAUAUUUGUUGAUGAAAACGUUUGUUUAUAGUGACACAAAGAAUUGUUGGUUAUGUGUGCCAAUGAAGAAUAGACCCUCCUGCAUUAUUCAGAUUCCUGAGAAAGUAGGUCUCAUUCGAAGGCUUUAUUUUGGUACUUGUCAUUCUGAAAGCCCCUAUGAAGUAGGCAGCGAUAAACACAAUCUCUGAAGCACCCAACCCCUUAAAAGAAACACUCAUAAUAUAAAAGACACUAAUUUGUUGCCACCUACUGGUGUAAAUAUGUCAUCUGAAGAAAUUGUUACUGAACAGAUCAGUGAAAAAAAAAAAGAACAAUUAAUAAAAAUCCCCACCAUUAUUUUGAAAGUGGAAGAUUCCACACAGAGAGAUAAAAAAAAAUGAAAAGAAGCAUCCCAGCGCUGUUAUAUUCAAGGAGCUAUAAGUUACAGGUACAUACCAACACUCUUGGAACACUGUUGGUCCAAAACGUACAAUACAUACUCGGUAAGAAGUGCACUGUCAAUGGUAUAAAUAAUAAGGGUGCAUCACCUCAGAGGAAGAGAAGUUAACCCAAAACGUUGAAGUUCCAAAAAGAAUUUAAAGGCAGUAUAACAUAAUCCAUAAGACUCCAGUGGAUUAAUCCAUGACUUCUGAAACAAUCCAAUUGGUUAUGGGUGCGAACAGACCAAAAUGUAACUGCUUUUUUGCUAUAAAUCUUGACAUUAGCAGUCUCCUUGGCCAGAAGCUUGAUAACACUUCCUUGCUCCAUCAAGUGCCCUGAGCAUGCGUCAAGCUCUGGGAGGUGAUCAGACACAAUUGGGUUUGAUAUCAUGAUUGUGCACAGUGACCGCAAUGACAAGAUGAACAGUGAAAACAGUUACAUUUUGGUCUGUUCUCACCCAAAAUCGAUAAGAUCUUUUCAGAAGACAUGGGUUAAACAACUUGAGUCUUAUAGAUUACUUUUAUGUUGCCUUUGUGCUUUUUGGAGCUUCAAAAUGUUGGUCACCAUUCACUUGCAUUGUAUGGACCUAAGAUAUUCUGAGAUAUGAAAUCUGUGUUCUGCAGAAGAAAGUAAAAAAACAUAUCUGGGAUGGCACGAGGGUUAUUAAUUUAUGAGAGAAUUUUCCUUUUUAGGUGAACUAUCUCUUUAAAUAACAUUUGUAGCAGACACAUAUGAGUAUGUGUUACCAGUUUGAGACACACCAAGUUAGGAGUUGAGUCGUUCUUCAUUUGAAGUGGCAGAUAGUGUCCCUCUACUUUGCAAUAGAAAUCAACUUUCAACAAAUCGUAAAAUAUUUGCACAAUUGUAUUCUUUAGGGUGAAAGCAAUUUGCGCAUAGUUAAAAGUUACAUUCUUGUAUUAAAACACGUUUUACUGAGGAUGAGAGAUCAUGUGUUACAAGAUCUGCAUGUCCCCGUCAUAUUUCAAAGGUAUCCUGGGAUGUAAUUGUAACAAUGAAAAUAA